GUUCGCUUCAUGGAUUACUUAUGUUAAGACGCAGUUCUAAUGGAGCUAUAGUCACAAAAACUAUAUUAUAUAUAUAUAUACACGAAUAUAUCUCUAUAUAUCAUAUAUGUAUUAGAUGUAUAUAUAUUUGUGACGUCGGUGACCGGAGGUUUUGGUGAUGAUACAUGGCGAAAGGUCGGAAACUGACAACCAGCCGGAGCGAGCGCUUGUUGGGUAGCUAUAGUCACGGUCACGGCCAAGGGGCGGUGACGGAAGGAUCGGAGCUGGGCGAAGAAGAUGUGUGGUCAAUGGUUGACGACAUGGUCAACGGCGAUGAUCAUUCCAUGAACGGCUCGCACAGCGAGUGGAGUCCACGCGACACUCCUGAGAGUAACGGAGGCGUGAGUGUCAGGAGCCGCCGGGGCGUUUCCCGGGAAGACCGCCACGUGGGUGGGCUGUCUCUGGCGUUUGACAAUUCGGGAAAAACGGCGUCGUCUAGGAUCGUGCACCAGUAUCGGAGCCAGGACAGCCUUGCGUCUCCACGUGGACUCCACAUGGCAGCGUCGGCCCCAAUGAACGUACCCGAUUGGUCAAAGAUUUAUCGAGUUGACUCAGUUGAAUCGCUGCAUGACUCGGAUGAUGGUAUGGACGAUCGCGAGUCGGAGAUGGUUCCACCACACGAGUAUUUGGCAUAUGCACGGAGCCGGAACUCGGUUUUUGAGGGUGUGGGUCGGACUCUAAAGGGUCGGGACAUGAGCCGGGUUCGGGAUGCAGUGUGGAGUCAGACCGGGUUCGAUGGUUAGACCACUUUUUCCCGAUGGGUUCGAUGGUUGAUCAUUGUUAGUAACCCAAAAAAAUGAAACUUCAAUUGUUUAUUUGGUUACUGGUAUGGAUUUUUUCUUGGGCGAUGACUCGACCGAGUGAACUCAAAUUUGGACGAGUGAACUCGGUGGCGAUUGAGCCCAAGCACUUGCUCUUUUCUUCUCUAAGUUGUCCUGAGUUGAAAUUUGAGAAAAAAAAUUUGUGUCUAAUAGGUAAUGGGUAUUUUAAUAAUUUUAGUAAAAUGAAUGUACUUCACA